AAGAAAAAGCUGCUGUUUACUGGAACAUCUCCAUGGAUGUGAAACAGGAGACCAGUGAUGUGGACGCAAAUAUCAUGGAGAAAACUGUAAAUAUUAAGGAGGAGGACCAUCAGUGGGAGUCCAUGUACCUUAAACAGGAAAGUCUGAGCAUCAAGGAGGAGAAGAGUGAACUGCAGGCAGAGGGCAUUAAAGAAGAAGCUGAAGAAACGUCUGUCAGUAUUGAGAUGCAUAACCAUGCACAUCUGGACAGUGCAAAAGAAGACAACCUUCAUGAUGGAUGUCAAGAUGGAGUGGUAACCAGGUUAGACUCUUCUCAAAGCAGACACUGUUCAUCUCCAGAGCCAUCUAUCAAUGUGAAGUCUGAAUUCUUAGAGUCUGAACCAAAGAGGGCUGAGGAAACUACAUCUGUUAGGUCUCAGAAAAACAAGCGACAAGCUACAAAGAAAUCUGGAAAAAGAAAGAAAGAUCACUGCAGUGUGGAAUGUGGCAAAGUAUUCUCUAACAGGAGCCAUCUUCAGAGACACACAACAGUUCACACUGGAGAGAAGCCGUACUGCUGUAAAGAAUGUGGGAAACAGUUUUCAAAGAUGUGCAGUCUGAAGAUCCACACUAGAAUUCACACUGGAGAGAAGCCGUAUUGCUGUAAUGAAUGUGGUAAACAGUUUUCAAAGAAGGGCAAUCUGAAGAUCCACACUAGAAUUCACACUGGAGAGAAGCCAUAUUGCUGUAAUGAAUGUGGUAAACAGUUUUCACAAAUGACCAACCUUCAGCAACACACUAGAGUUCACUCUCAAGAGAAGCCGUAUUGCUGUAACGAAUGUGGUAAACAGUUUUCAAAGAUGGGCAAUCUGAAGAUCCACACUAGAAUUCACACUGGAGAGAAGCCAUAUUGCUGUAAUGAAUGUGGUAAACAGUUUUCACAAAUGAGCAACCUUCAGCAACACACUAGAGUUCACACUGGAGAGAAGCCGUAUUGCUGUAAUGAAUGUGGUAAACAGUUUUCACAAAUAAGUGUUCUUAAGAGACACAUUAGAGUUCACACUGGAGAGAAGCCAUAUUGCUGUAAUGAAUGUGGGAAACAGUUUUCACAAAUAGGCCAUCUUCAGAUACACACUAGAGUUCACACUGGAGAGAAGCCGUAUUGCUGUAAUGAAUGUGGUAAACAGUUUUCACAAAUGGGCCAUCUUCAGAGACACACAAGAGUUCACACCAGAAUAAAAACAGUAGCAGUUCAAUAAUCAGUCCAGAAAAACAAGCACCCUUCAGGACUAGAUAAUAAGGUUCAGUAUUGUCCUGUAAAGUAAGCAAACUAAACUAUUGUUGAGAAAUUAAUCUCUGAGAGAAGCCAUAUUGCUGUUUGGAAUGUGCCAAACAAAUCUGUCAUUGGAGUUCUCUGCAGAGACGCACCAGGAUUCACACCGGAGGGAAGCACAACUGGACUGUCCUGACUAAAGAGUACGGUUCACUCCUGGCUGGACAUUAAGCACAUGUAACUGACUGGAAUCAAUCCUACUAAGUGUUGUGUUAAAAACAAAUCAACAUAGAGGAGAAAUAGAAGUUUAUAUCCAUUUUCUUUUUCCAGAAACAAAAUAAAGAACAGGGCGUCAUACAAACUGCUUCUCACCAAAUCCCCUACAGCCUCCACCAUGCGUCUGGCUCUUCUUUCAUAACAUACGUAUUACAUAUACAACUAUUUACAAUAUAUUAUACACAUUUCAUCAGAAAAAAACUCUUUACAAUAUACAUGACCUCACAUAAUAAAUCAUAGUUCAGCUUUAUAAUAUUAUAUAUUUUGCUAUUUUUAUAUAACAUAAAAUAACAUACAGUAACUUGACAAAAACAAACAAAAAAAAAAACAGGGUGUCAUGCAAACAGCUUCUCACCAAUGCUUAUUAAAAAAUAAUUCAAAUCAAUUACUAAUAAUUAUAAACACACAUUUUUGAUACAAAAUAAAUAAAAUUUGUAAAAUAAAAAUUUAAAUCCAAAAUAUACACAUGAUCAUGCUGUAUUUCAGGCCGAUUUAUGUUUAAACAAUGUGGCAGUACACUAAAAGAAGAAAUGCUUUUUUAAAAUUGUAUUUUGUUUUUGUUAACACUUGAGAAUUACCAAAUAAUAUAUAUGUCGAAUAAAUAGAACAAAAUUAAAAAUUGGGGCUUGGGGAGAGCUUAACAUACGACUUACCCCUCCAGCAUCCACCAUGCGUCUGGGGGUUCAUGCAUUCUGUGGAGAGUAACAUUAAUUAGCACCCGUACUCCAAAAUGUGACUCUACGUUUACACAAACAAUUGCUUUUGGGAAAAUUUAUAAUUAAAAGAUGGAAAAAAUUAAAAUGACAAAAUACACUUUUCUACACAUAUUGCAGUAGUGGAUGUGGCCAACAAUUCUCACAAAUUGUAAUCUUGUGGACCACAAAAGAUUUCAGACUGGGUGCCACCUCCAGAAGUGGGCUUAGUUGUUGAAGAUCUACACCGGGGGCAUCAAGCCCUUUGUCUUGUUAUACCACCCCAAAGAAUGUAAAUGUUCUGAAAUACCUGCAUUUUAUUUUGGUGUUAAAUUGUUAAUCACUGUACUGGCGUUAAACUAAAUGUGGAAUUUCUUUUUCCAACCAGAAAAUGUUUUUUCAGAGAGCUUUCAUAAAGUACUAGCAAUGGUAACCUGUCAAAGACGUGUCAUAGAAUGAAUUUCAAAAGGAUUUGAUAUGUUAUGACUGAUAGGCACUGACAGAGUGUGUGACCAGGAGGAGGUCACUUCACCUGUUUGUGCUAAUAGUGGAAAAACAAAAGAAAUGCCAGCAGUUGUGUCUCAGAUGUUUUUAGUCUCCUCAGCGUCAGUAAACAUUAUUAUUAUUGUCAAAUAGUUUAUUAAAGUCAUGCCUUUUGACCAGAAGGGGUUUCCUGUUCCCGAGAGACUUUGAAAUUCCAUUUUCUUGGUUUACCUACAGUAUGCUUACUUUAUUGUUGUAUAUGAUUUGUUGCUUUGAAUAAAUUACAAUGACCUGUCUGUCAUCUCCAGUCAUCUGACGGUGACUCUUGCACUCAGCUUUCUGUUGGCCAAACCCUGUGAAUUAGCACAUUUGUCAGAGAUCCAUGAAACCCCUCUUUUACAUGGUCUUUCGAGUCGGAAGCUAAACAGACUGACUGAAUCCAAAAUGGCCAAGGCAGUGUGCGUGAAGGAGCCUAACCUCAUCUCUAGUGAACUGGGUAUCGAUGUAGAAGAGAACAUCUGAGCUGAGAUCUCCACAUUCAGCCAAACCCUAACUCACACACUGCAGACAACCCAUCUGUGGACACCGCUACGGCCUUUCAGACAACGGGCUCCGUGCAGUAAGCUUGCAGAACUCGGCCGAGGCUGCUGAGAGACAAAGAUUGCAUCUCACCAGUCAGACUGGGAUGUGAGAUACUGUCCUUACAGAGGUGACGUGCUGUCCAUCACAAGCUCCAAGCAAAGCGCUGGUAGCAAAAUCGAGAAGUGCAGUUAAGUAACCGAUCAGUUAAAUCACAUCAUGGCAGCAACACAUGAAGUGUGCAUACAGAUUUACUCCGACUCCCCAUCAAGACAAGUGAGGGAAAGAAACUCGUCGAACUGGAGGAGAUUAGGAUUUUGUAAGUAAUGAGCAAUGUAAUGAAUUUAGUUUAAAUAAUGUUCACUUUUGAAAAUUUGUUUUUGUAUCUUGGAUCUCAUCACUUAAACAAUUGGUGGAAAUAAACUGAAGUCUGCUUAAA